UUAAAAAUAGUGAUAUGGGCCAUGGGCUGCGGGCUCACAGCCCAUGAUAACUGGACGGUGUGGGAGAGUCUUCGCUAUUUUCUACUACUGGUCAAUUAGACACGACAAGGAAAAAAUAGACCGGAGAAAUGGCGACGGAGAAGCGUCGGCGUCACCACGGACCACCGGCGGUCGCCGCCGGUGCCUCCUCUUCGUCGUCUCCCGCCGACACACCGUCACCUCCGCCGGACCUCCUCCCGGACAUAGCCCGUCGCCUCACCUCCCUGGAGGACUUCUUCUCCCUCCGCGCAUCCUGCCGGACCUACCGCGCCCUCCUCCCGGCGACCCGCCCGCUCCUCGCCUCCCAGGCCCCUCUCCUCCUGGUCUCCCUCUACCCCUCCUUCGUCGAGGCGCUCUUCCACCCCGGCGUCCGCCGCCUCCACCGCUUCCGCCUCCCCUGGGGCCACCACCUGCCCCCCUCCCGCCACACCCUCCUCUACGCCCACGGCUUCCUCGUCACCGCCACCACCGCCGCCGCCCAGUACCCGCCGAGGCUCCUCCUCCUCCACCUCUUCACCGGCGAGCAGCAGCGCCUCCCCAAGGUCCCCGCCCCCUUCUCCCGCGUCAUCCUCUCCCACGACCUCCUCGCCGUGCUCUUCCUGCCCGGCAGGCGGAUCGUCCAGCACUGCCACCCCGGGGACGCGCUCUGGCGCGUGGCUACCGCCGAUGCGCCCCACGUGCUCGAAGAUCUGAUCUUCGUCGGCGGCACCCUCUACGCGCUGGUUCGGCUCCGUCUUGCCAUCCUAGAGCUGUCGGAAACUUCGCUGGAGCUCUCAUUUCUCGGAGGAGAGUAUGAUGAUGAGGAGAACAGGCCGGUGGGAGAGCGGUUCAUGCUCGGGGAGUGCGAGGGCGAGGUGCUGCUUAUCAGCGAGGAGCAAGCAGAAACCAUCGUGUACCGAGUUUUUCGGUGGGCCUCCGUGGAGGGAAAAUGGGCGACGAUAGCAAGCUUGGGUGGACGAACACUGUUUCUCGGCUUCAAUGGAUUUGCGGCUUGCGUCGGUCCAGAUUUACCUGAGGUCCGAGGUGAUUGCAUAUAUGCAGCUGGGCGACGCUUGGGCGAAUGGUACGAGUAUUCGUUGGUUGAUGGAACUUGUGAUGUCUGCUAUGCCGAAUAUGCGGGCGCGCCGCCCCUGAACAGCAAUUCACCUCUCAGACCCCCUGUUUGGGUCUUCCCCAGCUUGAUGCAAGCCUGACGAAGGUUACCUGGAACACUCAAGAGCUUCUGAUGCUGACAUGAAAGAAAGGAAAACUAAAUUGGGACAUGUUGAAGCCUCCAACUCUCUUCAGUGCCUCAUUUAAGCUCAGGUGUAAUAACUAGAAGGAUGACUGCAAUCUCCCUUUUGUAUUGCUACAUCUUCAACUGUGCUAAUAUGUACUGAAGUCAUGUUAUAUGCUGCCAUAAUGCUGCUUGAGAGGCCAGUAAACUACAACAUGAAUGCUGCUGUUGAGGGCGUUGAAGUGCAACCUGGAGAGCUGCGAGAGAGGGCAGCGAAGUGCAGCCUUGCUGCUUGAUGGUGUGCAGGUGUUGAUCGAUUCGUUUAAAGCUCCAGUUCAGGUGGAGAUAACGGUGAUGGUACAAAAUAGAUAACGGAUGAAGCUUUCAAUGGCAUUUUUCUAGCUCAUAAACUUUGGGUGGUAUGUUUCUAAAGAUGGGAUCUUUCAAUGGUCGUUGAUCAACCAGCUGUGUGCAAAUGGGUCGCUGCUGAAUGCCAACCAAGUAUACUGCUAUCGAAGGUCUUGCCGAGUGCUGAUAAAUCUGGCGACUGUCUCAUUGCUGGUCUUCUCUUGCUUUUCCUUUCCUGUUGCGCGUAUCUGGCGCCACAGAGGAACCACAGAAUAUGAAGAGAAACAAAAUACCCUGUCCUGUAACAAUUGCAUAUAGCCAUGUUGUAUGUCUACCGAGAAGAUUUUAGGCGCGAUAUGUUUUUUUCCCUUCUGAUGUUGUGGGGAUUUAACUGUUUCCCCGAAACUGCUGCAUUAGAAGCAAUCCUGGACGUAGAUGUAGUAAAUUGUUGUAUUUCCCUUUUGAAACCGCUGUAUUUCCAAACAGUAAGUAAACUGAAACCAUAUUCCCAAUUCAAAAUUUAUGUAUUUCCAGUUU